GUUUCAAUUUCAAUUCAAUAGAAUUAUUUUUGUCAACACCAAGAAAACGUUUAAUUUUCUUUGUUAAAAAAAAGCACAUAAAACAAACUAAUUAAUUUAAAUUCGACAAAUUGAUAGUUUCCAAAAACAAAAAUGACUACAGCUGCUCGUCCUACCUUUGAUCCAGCUCGUGGUGGCACAGGGCGAGGCGAAAAAGAUUUGAGUGCCCUCAGCAAGCAAUAUUCAAGUCGAGAUUUACCUGGACACACAAAACUUAAAUACAGAGAACCAGGUCAAGGCACAUCGGAAGAACUCCGCAACCGUGACUUCCGCAAAGAACUCGAAGAACGAGAACGUGAAGCCCGUCCAUCAAAGAAUCUACCACCAAUCGUUCGCAAAGCCAUCGAAGCAAAUAAUGCCAGCAGCAAUAAACGCGCUAAAUUAGACAAUGCUGCUCCUGCAAAUCUUGACGCCGAUGAUCCCGUUGAUAAUGACAGUUCCGACGAGGACUCCGAUUCAGAAGAUGAUACUGCAACACUUCUAGCCGAAUUGAAUAAAAUCAAAGAAGAACGUUUGCAAGAGAAUGCCCGCAAGGAACAAGAAAAGAAACAAGAAGACGAACGUAUCCGGAUGGAAAAUAUUUUAUCUGGUAAUCCACUUAUUAAUUAUGCAGCUGGAACUAAGGUUACUGGUGAUUUAAAGGUCAAACGAAGGUGGGAUGACGAUGUUGUCUUCAAGAAUUGCGCACGAACUGAACCAGAGAAAAAAUCACAUUUCAUCAAUGACUCGUUGCGAUCGGAAUUCCACAAGAAAUUCAUGGAGAAGUACAUUAAAUAAGUUUUAAAGAAUUAUUAUGACAAUUUUACUAAGUACAAUUUCUUAAUUAAUAAAUAUAAUAUUUUUUGUUUGUAA